AAGUGAAACUAACUUGAUCAACAGUAAAAUGGACGCCUGAAUCGAUCAACCUCUUUAAACAACAGAAUAUUUACUGUUCAAAGAGUGUUGUGGACACAUCUGAUACUCACAGUCAUAAAGAGGUGAAGAACAAUGGCAAAAUCUUUCCCAUCAUCAACUAAAAUACGAGAAAGGAGAGGGAGUAUGGUUGAGCCUCCAAUGAUGUCUUCCUCCAGCGGUCCACUGACUGAGGAUCUUCAGUGCUCGAUAUGUCUGGACGUGUUCACUGAUCCAGUCACCACUCCAUGUGGACACAACUUCUGCAAGACCUGUCUGAAUAAGUGCUGGGACAACAGCCAGACCUGCAACUGUCCAUAUUGUAAAGAAACAUUCAAGCACAGACCUGAUCUCAAGAUUAACACCACACUCCGAGAGAUCGCAGAUCACUAUAGAAAGAAAAGUCCUGAGAAAAAAGUUGAAGUUGUGAAAAAAGCUGAAGUUGUGUGUGACGUCUGUGAGGAAAGAAAGCAGAAAGCCCUGAAGUCGUGUCUGGUGUGUCAGAGCUCUUACUGUGAAACUCACCUGGAGCCUCAUCUGAGAGUGGCAGGUUUAAAGAAACACAAACUGAUCAAUCCUGUGAGUAAUCUGGAGGACUAUAUAUGUCAGAAACACGAGAGACCUCUGGAGCUGUUCUGUAGAGAUGAUCAGACGUGUGUGUGUCCGAUGUGUGCUUUGGAAGACCACAAGAACCACAACACUGUUCCUAUAGAAGAGGAGAGUGAAGAGAAGAAGACUCAACUGAUGAAGACACAGAAAGACACACAGCAGGAGAUCCAGGACAGAAUCAAGAAGAUUCAAGACGUCAAACACUCAGCAGAAGUCAGAAAAAGAAACACCGAGAAGGAGAAAGCAGCCCGUGUGGAGCUCUUCACUGAUCUCAUCCGCUCCAUUGAGAGAUGUCAGACUGAACUGCUGGAGAUGAUGGAGGAGCAGCAGAAAGCAGCAGAGAAACAGGAGGAAGAGCUCAUUGAAGAGCUGGAGCAGGAGAUCACUGAGCUAAAGAUGAGAAACACUGAGCUGGAGCAGCUCUCACACACUGAAGAUCACCUCCACCUCCUACAGAUUUACUCGUCCCUGUGCAGCUCCAGAAACACCAGGAACUGGUCUGAGAUCAGUGUGAAGACUGAUGAGAGUCUGGAGACUCUGAGGACAGCUCUGACUAAACUGCAGGACUCUCUACAGGAGAAACUCACACACACUGUCUCUACAGAAGUGAAGUGGAGACAGCAGUAUGCAGUGGAUGUGACUCUGGAUCCUGAUACAGCUCAUCCUAAUCUCAUCCUGUCUGAUGAUGGAAAACAAGUGAGAGAUGGAGACAUUAAACAGAAACUCCCAGACACACCACAGAGAUUUGAUAUAUGUCCAUGUGUCCUGGGAAAGGAGGGAUUCUCCUCAGGGAGAUUUUAUUUUGAGGUGCAGGUGAAGGGAAAGACUGAAUGGACUUUAGGAGUGGUCAGAGAAUCCAUUAACAGGAAGGGACAGAUCCCACUGAGUCCCAGUUAUGGAUGCUGGACUGUGAUUCUGAGGAAUGGGAAUGAAUAUAAAGCCUGUGCUGAUUCUCUUGUCUCUCUGUGUGUGAGAGUGAAGCCGCAGCGGGUCGGUGUGUUUGUGGAUUAUGAGGAGGGUCUGGUCUCCUUUUAUGAUGUGGAGUCCAUCUCUCAUCUCUACUCUUUCACUCAUCAGUCUUUCACUGGAAAACUCUAUCCAUAUUUUAACCCGCGCAAUAAUGAUAGAGGUAAAAACUCAACUCCACUGAUCAUCACACCUGUCAAACACAAUCAAUGAAAUUACAGCCCUAAUUUUGAAAUACACAAUAAAUAUUAUUUACAUAAUUGAAAAUCUUGUUUUGCCAUUUUUUCAUCAUUUAUUUUUCUUUGUUAAAAUCUAUAAUUUUCAAAUGAUAAUGCUUGUUUAACAAAUUUAUUUUCAAUGUUUCAUAAUUAUUCAUGCCAUUGUUUUCUCCCAUCUCAACCUGACAAAGUAAAAGUGUCUGUAAUAAUUUUUUUUACAUAAAGAUAAACCAAACUAUGAGGACAUGAUAAAUUGUCAAAGCUGUUUCUACCAUUUCUAUUACAAAAUGAUCUGUGAUAAUACAGUAAAACAGAUGGCAAUACCUCAAUAUAUGUAUAAUUGUAUGAUUACCAUAUUCAUACACAACAUUAUGGAUCUUCAAA